AAAUUCGAAACCAUAGCCUGCCAGACUUUAGUUCGUCGCAAAGACUAAUUUUGAAAAUCAGUCCAGAAACGGAGUUAUUAUUGGAAGGAUAUAUCGGCUGUUAAUGGGCAUCUCAUUUAGCCGUUUCCGUAAAAUAAGGCAGUAAAUAAAGACAGAUGGCAUUCCAUCGGGUGGAAUAUCGGGUCUACCUAAGGAAAGAUGAACCAAUUCUAUCUCUAUGUAAGUACAUAUAUGACCUCUCUCUGUAUUAUGUUCUCCACCGUCACUCUCUUUUCACGAGAUAACCUAGAAGGUGAAGAAGACGAUAACCUAGAAGGUGAAGGGGAAGGAUCCGAAGAGCAUACAAACUGUGUGGUCCGGAAAUCAAAACCCCCUUUUCUUCCCGGCCAAUAUUCGGCUAUUUCAGGUAGUUAUUGGUGCAAAAGUUGUAAGCUGAUGAUAUCUUUAAGUUUUGAGUUUGGAACUCGUACUCGUGUGUUCUUACUAGGGUUCCCAUCUCUCUCUGAUGACAGUGGCCAAGAUGCUACUGUAGUUGGGUGGGUGAAUAGGAGAGUAAAACUCUCGGAACACCUACUGCCUUCCUGUUAUAUUGAUUGCACGAAUGUAUAUUUACAAGGAAACAGCGAAGAGAUAGAAAACUAGAAAAGCAAUAACUCUCACUCAACAGGGUCAGUGCUAGCAAUACUCCUUGGUGAUGUCAGAAGCUUCACUUGCUGAAUCGAAAUCUGCGGAAUAUUACAUUUCUGAAGUUCAACGUAUUUACCGCCAAAAUGAUUGUAGCCAUGUUUCAGUUGUUGAAGAACUUGGUGCAUUUUUUUCCGAUAGCUUUAGGCCUGGUCUUUCACACAUCUCUUUGAAAAAUUUGAAGACAUGUCUCAAGCAAGGUGUCACUGACCUAAGCAAGGAAGUUGAUCAGAUGGUGGAGCCUGUUUUAGGUAUGCACAGGAUAACAUCGUCCUUAAAAGACAAGGAACGUGGGAUUGUCAGCUCACUUCCAUCUAAGAAGCAAAGAUCAUCCUCUUCUUCCACUUCAAUAAGUACGCCUACACGUAGUGAUUCCAUUGGCCCCCAAUCUUCUGCGCAGGGAUCAGGUUCAGACACAGUUGUCUCCGAUGAAAGUGGCCGCAAGGGUGGGAAGGGAAAAAGAUGUAGUAAUUGCAGCUCACCAACGACACCUCAAUGGAGAGUUGGACCCAGUGGGGCUAAGACUUUGUGUAACGCUUGUGGGAUCAGAUACAAAAAACAGAAAGCUGCGUCAGAUGCUGAAGGUGCUGAGGACGACACAGAAACUGUGAAUGAUUAUUUACUUACUCUUCUGGAGGAUGGUGGAAUGCAAGCUAAGGCAGCAUUGUAUAAACAUAAUGAUGAAUUAGCUAAACAGCUAGAACACAUGGAGCAGAAGCUCGAAGAACUUCUUGAUAUCGUAGUUUCCAAGUGCAGACAAAUGAACAUUGCCGAGAAGCAACAACUUCGGAAUCUGAUUCAGACUCUGUCCCCAAAAAAUCUAGAUCGAGUUGUACAAAUUAUCAAACGUAGAAAGCUACCAAAAGGUGGACAAACGUUCUACGAGCUGAACAUUGAUCUGGAUAAGGAGGAUAAUGGAACACUUUGGAGAUUGUACUAUUACGUGCGAGCAGCUGAAAAUGCUAAACGGCUUUCACUAGCGGAACUGCAGCAAGGAAAGGUCGUGGUGAUAAACUAAGAUAAUGAUGGAAGUAAGUGAAGUAUUUUGAGUCACUUAGUGUGUGGGUCGCUUUCUAACUUGUCCAGUGUCCAACAUAGAUUAGCCGAAAUAGGGGGAAUUCAAGAGUCAAUAGUCACUGCCCAAAAUUUUGGUCAAUUGGGAAAAAAGCAAUUUCAGGUAAUUUUGUAUAUUUGGCUCCUGACGGUGAAAAAUGCAAUUGCCCAAUCUUUUGUUUUCAUUGGGUACGAGCAGUCCAGUCCAUUGGAGUGCUAUUUGCCCAAUCUUUUGUUCAAUUGGGCAAAUGCCAAUAUGAGGUAACUUUUAAUGUUGGGCUCUUGACAGGGUAGGAAAAAUUGUAAAUGGAAAAAAAAAUAAAUACACGUGUUGGAAAAUUUGUUUCC